AUGCUUGUGACCACACCAGAAAAAUGGGAUGUAGUGACAAGAAAGAGCGUUGGAGAUGUAGCUCUUUCCCAAAUUGUAAAGCUCCUUAUUCUUGAUGAAGUUCAUUUGCUGCAUGAAGAUAGAGGGCCAGUAUUAGAGAGCAUAGUUGCACGUACCUUACGGCAGGUUGAAUCCACACAGAGUAUGAUCAGGAUUCUCGGACUGUCUGCAACCUUACCCAACUACCUCGAUGUUGCUACAUUUUUACAUGUUAAUCCCUACAUUGGACUUUUCUACUUUGAUGGCCGUUUUCGACCAGUACCUCUCGGACAGACAUUUCUGGGGAUUAAAGGUGCAAAUAAAAUGCAGCAACUGAAUAACAUGGAUGAAGUAUGUUAUGAAAAUGUUUUGAAGCAAGUAAAGUCUGGGCACCAGGUGAUGGUAUUUGUACAUGCUCGAAAUGCCACUGUAAGAACAGCUGUGUCUCUAAUAGAAAGAGCAAAAAAUUGUGGCCAGAUUUCCUGCUUUUUACCUACCCAAGGACCUGAAUAUGGACAUGCAGAAAAGCAGGUGCAAAAGUCAAGAAAUAAGCAAGUACGAGAAUUAUUCCCAGAUGGUUUUAGCAUUCAUCAUGCAGGAAUGCUUCGGCAGGACAGAAAUUUGGUUGAAAACUUGUUUUCUAAUGGGCAUAUCAAAGUCCUGGUCUGUACAGCUACAUUAGCAUGGGGUGUCAAUCUUCCUGCUCAUGCUGUUAUUAUUAAGGGAACACAAAUAUAUGCUGCAAAAAGAGGCUCUUUUGUUGACCUUGGAAUUUUAGAUGUCAUGCAGAUAUUUGGCCGUGCUGGACGACCACAAUUUGACAAAUUUGGGGAAGGAAUCAUUAUAACAACACAUGAUAAACUCAGCCAUUACCUCACUUUGCUCACUCAACAAAACCCAAUUGAGAGUCAGUUUCUGGAAAGCCUUGCAGAUAACCUAAAUGCAGAGAUUGCUCUGGGAACAGUUACUAACGUGGAAGAAGCAGUGAAGUGGAUAAGUUACACUUAUCUUUAUGUACGGAUGAGAGCAAAUCCAUUAGUAUAUGGCAUCAGUCAUAAGGCUUAUCAGAUUGAUCCAACAUUAAGAAAGCAUCGAGAACAGUUGGUCAUCGAAGUUGGACGAAAACUAGACAAAGCGCGGAUGAUUCGUUUUGAAGAGCGAACUGGGUAUUUUUCCUCUACUGAUUUGGGUAGAACUGCCAGCCACUACUAUAUUAAAUACACCACCAUUGAGACCUUUAACGAACUCUUUGAUGCUCACAAAACAGAAGGUGAUAUCUUUGCUAUAGUCUCCAAAGCUGAAGAAUUUGAUCAAAUCAAGGUUAGAGAAGAGGAAAUAGAGGAGUUAGAUGCUCUAUUAAACAAUUUCUGUGAACUCUCCGCUCCUGGAGGUGUAGAGAAUAGUUAUGGGAAAAUAAACAUCUUACUUCAAACUUAUAUCAGCCGCGGAGAGAUGGACAGUUUCUCCCUCAUAUCAGAUUCUGCAUACGUUGCACAGAAUGCAGCUAGAAUUGUCCGUGCUCUUUUUGAAAUUGCUCUGAGGAAACGUUGGCCUGCCAUGACCUACAGGCUUCUGAAUCUUAGCAAAGUCAUUGACAAGAGGCUUUGGGGUUGGGCUAGCCCUUUGAGACAAUUUUCAGUCUUACCACCACACAUUCUAACAAGAUUAGAAGAAAAAAACCUUACUGUGGAUAAGCUGAAAGACAUGAGGAAAGAUGAAAUAGGUCACAUUUUGCAUCAUGUGAAUAUCGGACUGAAGGUCAAACAAUGUGUUCAUCAGAUUCCUUCUGUUAUGAUGGAAGCAUCCAUUCAGCCCAUCACACGGACUGUUCUUCGAGUGACACUCAGCAUCUAUCCUGAUUUCACUUGGAAUGAUCAGGUUCAUGGGACAGUGGGAGAACCCUGGUGGAUUUGGGUAGAAGAUCCUACAAAUGAUCAUAUUUAUCAUUCAGAGUAUUUUCUAACUCUAAAAAAACAGGUCAUUAGUAAAGAAGCGCAACUACUGGUGUUUACAAUCCCUAUUUUUGAGCCUUUGCCUUCCCAAUACUACAUCCGAGCAGUGUCUGAUAGAUGGCUAGGAGCUGAGGCUGUAUGUAUCAUCAACUUUCAACAUCUGAUUCUACCAGAGAGACAUCCUCCCCAUACAGAAUUACUGGAUCUUCAGCCUUUACCAAUCACAGCUUUGGGAUGUAAAGCAUAUGAAGCCUUGUACAACUUCAGCCACUUUAACCCUGUGCAGACACAAAUAUUUCAUACACUGUAUCACACAGACUGUAAUGUCCUACUUGGAGCACCCACUGGAUCGGGAAAGACUGUUGCAGCUGAAUUAGCCAUUUUCAGAGUCUUCAACAAGUACCCCACUUCGAAGGCAGUAUAUAUUGCACCCCUUAAAGCCCUAGUACGUGAAAGAAUGGAUGAUUGGAAAGUUAGAAUAGAAGAAAAACUUGGUAAAAAGGUUAUUGAACUAACAGGGGAUGUGACUCCUGAUAUGAAAUCUAUUGCCAAAGCUGACCUUAUUGUCACUACACCGGAAAAGUGGGAUGGAGUCAGCAGAAGCUGGCAAAAUAGGAACUAUGUUCAACAAGUCACUAUUCUCAUCAUAGAUGAAAUCCAUCUGCUUGGGGAGGAAAGAGGCCCUGUUCUAGAGGUCAUUGUAUCUCGAACAAAUUUCAUCUCGUCACACACAGAAAAGCCUGUUAGAAUAGUUGGACUAUCUACUGCAUUAGCUAAUGCCAGAGACCUUGCUGACUGGCUCAAUAUUAAGCAGAUGGGCUUGUUUAACUUUCGACCAUCAGUGCGCCCAGUUCCACUGGAAGUUCACAUUCAAGGCUUCCCAGGUCAACAUUACUGUCCUCGUAUGGCUAGUAUGAAUAAGCCUGCAUUUCAGGCAAUUAGAAGCCAUUCUCCAGCCAAACCUGUUUUGAUAUUUGUCUCUUCAAGACGUCAAACUCGUCUUACUGCUUUGGAGUUGAUAGCCUUUUUAGCUACUGAAGAAGAUCCAAAGCAGUGGUUGAAUAUGGAUGAAAGAGAGAUGGAGAACAUUAUUGGAACGGUACGAGAUUCCAACCUGAAGCUGACACUUGCUUUUGGGAUAGGAAUGCACCAUGCUGGAUUACAUGAGAGGGACCGAAAAACAGUAGAAGAACUAUUUGUGAACUGUAAAGUUCAGGUUCUUAUUGCUACAAGCACAUUAGCCUGGGGUGUAAACUUUCCAGCUCAUUUAGUAAUUAUUAAGGGAACAGAAUAUUAUGAUGGAAAAACAAGACGUUAUGUGGAUUUUCCCAUUACAGAUGUCCUCCAGAUGAUGGGACGUGCUGGGAGGCCACAGUUUGAUGACCAAGGCAAAGCUGUAAUUCUGGUUCAUGACAUAAAGAAAGACUUUUACAAAAAAUUUCUUUAUGAGCCUUUCCCAGUAGAGUCAAGCUUAUUAGGAGUGCUUUCUGACCAUUUAAAUGCGGAGAUUGCUGGUGGUACAAUAACAUCUAAGCAAGACGCAAUGGAUUAUAUCACUUGGACUUACUUUUUCCGACGUCUUGUUAUGAACCCCAGCUAUUACAGUUUGGGUGAUGUGAGCCAUGAUUCUGUGAACAAGUUUCUGUCCCAUCUGAUUGAGAAGUCCUUAAUUGAAUUGGAACUUUCCUAUUGUAUUGAAAUGGGAGAGGAUAAUCGGAGCAUUGAACCUCUGACAUAUGGCCGAAUUGCCUCCUAUUACUAUUUGAAGCACCAAACAGUUAAAAUGUUCAAGGACCGUUUGAAACCUGAAUGCAGUACUGAAGAAUUGCUUUCAAUUCUGAGU